AUGGCAUUGACACCUCAGACUUCAGACUCCUCGACAAGCCUGGUCUCAAGAUGCUACGUUCAAGAGCCCAUUGCUAUUGUGGGCAUGGCCUGUCGACUUCCAGGCCAGAAUGACUCACCUCAUCGGUUAUGGGAGUUCUUGAUGAAAGGGGGUGUGGCAGACACCGAAGCGCCAGAGUCGCGAUUCAAUCGGAGAGGUCACUAUGAUGGUUCCGAUAGAGCACGGACUUCACGAUCCUCAGGCGCCAUGUUCAUGGAAACCGUAGACCCUGCUGCCUUUGAUGCGAAGUUCUUCAACAUCACUCCCCAAGACGCCAUAUCGAUGGAUCCCCAACAACGUAUUCUGCUGGAGGUCGUCUACGAAGCGCUAGAGAACGCUGGCAUCUCUCUCGAGUCUAUAUCUGGCCAGAAGUACGGCUGCUAUGUUGGCGCUCACCCGGGAGAUUAUUGGGAUAUUUUCGCGCGAGAUCCUGAUGCGCGACCACCCAAUGUAGGGAUUGGGUGCUCCGGAACAAUGCUGAGUUGCAGAGUGAGCCAUUUUUUGAACAUUAAAGGUCCCAGCAUGCCCAUCGACACGGCUUGCUCGAGCUCUCUAGUGGCUAUGGACGUCGCUUGCAGAGCUCUGCAUACUGGGGAGAUCAACGGAGCGAUUGUUGCGGCAUCCAGCCUGAUUCUGAAUCCAGAGUAUGCUUGUGAAGGUGGCACGAUCCGAUUCACGCACUCCCCUACCGCUCGCUGCCACGUUUUUGACGCCAAGGCCGAUGGGUAUGUGAGAGCAGAAGGAAUGAACACAGUCAUCUUGAAACGCCUGGAUGAUGCACUCCAAGACGGCGACCCAAUUCGAGCUGUGAUCCGGGGUAUUGCAAACAAUCACAAUGGUCGCACCCCUGGUAUUGCGUCUCCAAGCGGAGAGGAUCAAGCAGCCGCUGUGCGACAAGCGUACGCUAAUGCGAAUAUCACCGACUUCUCGCAAAUUGGCUACCUGGAAUGCCACGGCACUGGCACUCUCGUCGGCGACCCGAUCGAAACGGAGGGUGCUUCCACGGUCUUUGCGCCGUUUAGGCCGGAUGCUCGCCCGCUGCGGAUUGGAUCGGUCAAGAGCAACAUCGGACAUUCUGAGCCGGCCGCAGGCCUGUCGGGGGUCAUAAAGGCAGUGAUGGUCCUCGAAACUGGAAAGAUCCCGGGCAAUCCCACUUUCCUGACACCGAAUCCUAACAUUGACUUCAAAAAGCUGAAGCUAGAGGUUUCGCAGCAUGUGACGGAUUUCCCUGAUAUGCCGUUUCGUCGCGUGGGUGUCAACUGUUUCGGAUUUGGAGGGUCGAAUGCCCAUGCUAUCCUCGACGAACCCAGGGCAGUAGUACAGAAUUACACACCGACCUAUACAUCAUCAUUCCAAGGGGCCCCAGCUAGUAAGGCGGAACCCACAAAUUCUCGACCUUACUUGCUGUGCUUUUCAGCCAAUGAAGAAUCGUCGCUCCGUCGCUACAUACAGAACGUCACCCAGCAUGUGGAAGAAGAGAAGGUCCACAUCGCGUUGAGGGAUCUUGCCCAUACUCUCGGGACUAGACGAAGCCAUUUAUUCAACCGAGCUUACAUGGUCGCCAACAGUCUGAGCUUCUCGCAGCCCGCCGUGGUUACGUUUGGCAAGAAAAAUAUCCGACCGCCUCAAGUCGGCUUCGUCUUUACUGGACAAGGGUCUCAAUGGCCGGAGAUGGGCCGCGAACUCCUACAGACAUUCGAGCCAGCGCGAGAAAUGAUUCUGAAUCUUGACAGCGUUCUACAGUGCUUAGUAGACCCGCCGAAAUGGACACUGUUCGACGAGCUGACUGCAGCCCGAGAACCAGAGCAUGUUCGCAAACCCGAAUUCAGCCAGCCGCUCGUAACCGCACUCCAACUCGCCUUGAUUGUGGUUCUUCGUGGUUGGGGAAUAGCCCCUAAUGCAGUUGUCGGUCAUUCUUCUGGUGAGAUCGCGGCCGCCUAUGCGGCUGGGUACUUGACAUCGGCAGAGGCUAUCAUCAUUGCGUACCAUCGAGGCAAAGCAUCGGCCAAUGAGAAGCCGCAUGACGAGGCAUUAGGAAUGUUAGCCGUAGGCAUCGGAGCUAAUGAGAUCGAUCCUUUCAUGGAAGGCACGGAAAAUGUUCAGAUUGCCUGCUACAAUGGCCCAAAGAGUCUAACAUUGUCUGGCAGCAAAGCAGGGCUCGAGGAGGUCCAAACGCGGCUUGUAGAAGCCGGAGUCUUUGCCCGUAUGUUGCAGGUGGAUAUGGCCUACCAUUCCGCUUACAUGGAGAAUAUUGGCAUAACCUACGAAAAGCUGCUGGCGCGAGACCUGCCACCCACUUUUCAUAGGACUCGAACCUUGGAUGCCGUAUCGAUGUUUUCAUCUGUCUCCGGGUCAAAGCAAGAGCGCCCACCUGAUGUCAAUUACUGGAAGACUAACAUGACGCGCCCUGUGCGGUUCGAUGAAGCUGUUCGCUGUAUGCUGACAGAGGAGUCACCGAUUGACAAGCUGAUUGAAAUCGGCCCUAGUGGGACCCUCAAGGGGCCCAUUGCACAGAUUAUGGCCAGCAUGGGUGCUAAGGCGACGGGUACUGCCUACCUUUCGUCUCUCAGGCGAGGUCAAGACUCCAUUCGGUCUACGCUCGAGGUUGCCGGUGAAUUGUAUCUCUCCGGACUCCCAGUCGACAUGGCACAGGUCAAUGAGGAUGCUCAGUCCCCUGCGCCCCGCAUCAUCAUCGACCUGCCGAACUACUGCUGGAACCAUUCAACCAAGUAUUGGAAUGAGAGCACCGCCAGUCGGGAUUGGCGAUUCAAGAAGUUUGUUCACCACGAUUUGAUUGGGAGCAAAGUCCUCGGCACGCCUUGGCGCGCACCAGUGUUCAAGAAAUCUAUGGCCCUGUGUAAUCUGCCUUGGCUGAAGGAUCAUCGCAUUGGAUCCAACACUGUUUUUCCUGGCUCGGGCUACCUCGCCAUGGCCGUUGAAGGCAUUUACCAAGUGCAGUCAAUGAACGGCCUAUCCUCUGCCAACACGGCGAGUGAGCUAUGCUAUCAUCUCCGAAACGUCCGCUUUGAAAUGGCUCUCACACUGGAAGAAGGCAUCGAGCCCGACGUAUACUUAUCUCUCAACCCUCUUCCGGGCUCUAAGGAUGUGUGGUACGAAUUUUCGGUCUCGUCAAGCCACGCUGGCGGCGCUACGAUCAAGCAUGCAGGUGGUCAGAUUCGCGUUCAAGACCCUGUUCUUGACGCCGCUUCUGCGACAGAUAUUGCCCCUCUCGUUAACCCAACACCAGGAGACCUCUGGACCAAGGCAUUUGCCGAGAUGGGAUUCGAAUACGGCCCAGCAUUCUACUUACUAGAGAAAGUUGAGGCGCAUGCGGGAAAGCGCUAUUCUCGUUCCCUGGUGAGUCUUUCGGAACCUCUAGCGAAUGGAAAGACCCAAUCCCACUACCCGUACCAUCCCGCAGCCCUGGAUGGCAUUUUUCGAGCGACAGCCCCUGCAUUCUGCGAAGGACUUCGCACGCGUCUUAAGGAACCGCUGGUUCCGUCAGCAUUUGACGACCUGAUUAUCAACCCCAACCCGAACCGUCCGACGUCAGGAAUGGCUAUAGCGACUAGUGUGUACUCUGGAAGAGGCCGUGAAGACACUGGGAAAAGCUUCUGGUCUGAUGUAUCAAUGUACGACCCUGAUACCGGGGCGCUACUCAUGCAGUUGAAGAACUUUUCAACACAUCUCAUCGACCUCGGGGUGUGCGCAACCAAAUCACAAUGGCUGACCCAGGAUGUCUGGAAGCCAGAUGUCGCCACCUUGACGGUUGAAGCUAUGUCCAAAUUGAAAGUACAGCAGAAGGCGCUAGUCUCCUACGUUCUCGACUUGAUGACUCACAAAAACCCUGCCUUGGCUAUCUUGGAGAUCAACUUGGGGACGGGAGCUGAAACUAGCACGUGGUUUGAGAGGGAAAGCACAGCCGUCACUGACUCCUAUCGCAAGUAUUGUUGUUUAGGUGAUAACCUUGAAGCACUAGACCUGUUUCAAGCUCGCUAUCAGGACAGGAAGAACACGUCUUUUUGCCCCUACAACCGAGAGGCUUCCGCUCUGGGAUUGGAGUCCGGGGACAACACUUUCGAUAUUAUCAUCAUCAACCCGAGCACGGAUCAGGUUAUAGCUCCUGUACUAACAGCUGUCAAGAGUCUUCUGACAGCAAACGGACGUAUAUUGCUUACUGCAUUGAGCGAUCAAGAUGACGCGACUGGGCAAAUUGCCGGGCUUGGAUUUUCACAUGUCCUGCCAAUGGUUGGAACAGACGGAGUCGGGUAUCUAUGUUCUACAAGCUCGUGCGACGAGAAGAGCGUAAGCCUCAAACCGUUGCAUGUUUUUUACAUGGAACCUACAACAUGCCUUACACAGGCAAUCAGAGCUCAGCUUAACAUAGCCGGUUGGGACGCAUACGAGCAUGUCUGCAACCCUGACAACAUUCCUGAGUCAGGCACGGUCUUGAUCAUUGACGAGCUCUUUGCUCCGGUCUUGCCUCACUUCUCGGACGAACAAUGGCAGUGUCUGCGCGGCCUCGUGGGACGCGGCUGUAAAAUUCUUUGGGUCACGCAGGGAGGUCAAAUGCAGGUGACAGAGCCCGACAAUGCUAUGAUUACCGGUCUCUUCCGAUCAAUCCGAUCAGAAGAUCCAUCCGCAGUAGUCAUGACACUGGAUGUUGAGAGUCGGGACGACCCCUCAGCGCCGAAUGCCAUCGUGCACGCUCUGUCCCAAUUAAGCCGCCCGCAGGCGCGUUGGACCACAGACAUGGAAUACGUUGAGCGCGAUGGGAUAAUUUACAUCCAUCGCGUGGCACCGUACAAACGCCUGGGAGAGGCCAUUAAAGAGGAGGCGGACGCCCCGAUUCAGACACGGAUUCACGACCUUACUUCGAUCGUGCAGCUACGAGCUCAGAAACUAGGUACUCUUGAAGGACUCGCCUUCUGUGAAAUCCCCGAUGUCACCCUACCGGACGACCACGUUGAGAUUGAGAUACACGCCGUCGGCCUCAACUUCAAGGAUGUGGCCGUCACUAUGGGCAUCGUGCCCGAGAACGAAUACCUACUCGGGUUGGAGGGCGCGGGCAUUGUCCGACGCGUAGGAUCUGGCCUGUCGCCAGGCCUUGUGGGCAGUCGCAUGGUCUUCAUUAUCAAAGGAGCUCUGGCCAACCGAAUUCAGGUCCCGAUCAGCUACACCCAUGAGAUACCGGACUCCAUGUCGUUUGAAGAGGCCGCCAGCAUGCCGGUCGUUUACUCCACUGCCAUCUACUCUCUGUUCAACAUCGGUAAUCUUCAAAAGGGCCAGAGAGUCUUGAUUCAUUCUGCAGCGGGAGGCGUUGGAAUUGCAUGCAUCCAACUUGCGAAAUAUGCAGAAGCAGAUAUCUUCGUUACAGUUGGCACCAAUGAGAAGAGACAGUAUCUGAACGAGACAUUCGGCAUCCCGUUUGACCGGAUGUUUACCUCCAGAAGUACCACGUUCGCCGCGGAAAUCAUGAAAGCCACUAAUGGCCAAGGUAUUGACGUUAUUGUGAAUUCGCUGACAGGCGAGUUGCUUGACGCUACCUGGCGAAUCUGUGCCGACGGUGGCACCAUGGUGGAGAUCGGUAAGCGGGAUAUUGUCGAACGCAAUUAUCUCUCGAUGGAACCAUUCGACCGCGGCUGUUCUUACCGGGCUGUGGAUCUCUCCCAUGCCAAGAUAAUGCGUGAUGGCGUACAUUUCAAACUCAUAAAGCGCCUCUUCGAGCUGAUCGCGGGUGGACAUAUCACCCCAAUCACGCGCAUCACACGAUUUUCGAUGAUGCAGGUCCAAGACGCCUUUGCCUACCUCCGUAGUGGUAAGCACAUUGGUAAGGUUGUGAUCAGCGACGGAGAGGCGCUCGGAGAUGUUGAAGUGCCCGUCCACCGUCUGCAGCACAACGUGACAAUAACAGAUCAAUCAGCCUUCCUGAUUGUCGGCGGACUGAAGGGCCUCUGCGGUAGCUUGGCGGUGCGCCUUGCCUACCGCGGUGUGCGCCACAUUGUUAUCAUGACACGCAGCGGAUGCCGCGAUCCGCGAUCGCAAGCGGUGAUCGCGCAAUGUCGGUCGCUGGGGUGCGCGGUCUACGACUGCUGCGGCGACGUGGCGCGGAUUGUAGACGUGCGCCGCGCCUUUACGCGAGCCCCUUACCCGAUUCAGGGAGUCAUUCAUGGGGCAAUGGUUCUACGGGACCGGCCAUAUGAGACAAUGACAGUCAGAGAGUUCCACGAAGCGGUUGAAGCUAAGGUGCACGGUGCGUGGAACUUGCACAGCGUGGCCACGGAGAAGCGCCUGCCCUUGGAUUUCUUCCUGUGUCUCUCCAGCAUCUCCAGUGUGAUUGGCAGCAAGGGUCAAGCCAACUACGCCGCUGCAAACUGCUUUCUCGACUCCUUUGCGGCCUAUCGCCGAUCUCUCGGUGCCAAGUGCCUGACAAUCAACCUGGGUGUGAUCGAGGAUGUGGGUGUGGUAGCCGAGUCGGACGCUCUCUCCCAGCGCCACCAGCGGUCCGUCGAGAUCACUGCUAUCCCGGAGAGCGCGCUGCACGCGAUUCUGGACGCGGCGCUAUGCUGUCAGGCUACCACCGAGGAAGGUGGACCCCAAAUCGCGCAGAUAAUCACUGGUCUUGCUCUUCCGCAGGACCCGGAACAAUCGAUGCUCCGCUUUGACCUGCGCUUCCGCACGCUCUUUGUUGCCAACGGGGCGGGGUCGUCGUCUGCCGGAGGGUCCGGCAGUAAGACUGAUCCUCUUGCUCGGGCUGUGCAACGAUUCCGGGCGCUUUUCCGCGCUGACCCCGAUGCUGAGACGGACGACCAGUUGGUGCAGCAGACAUGCUUGGAGAUUCUGGGGACCCGACUGGCGCAGAUGCUCCGGUGGGAUGACUCGCAGCAGGUGGAGCCGGGCCAGCCGCUGUCGGUCUAUGGGUUAGACUCGCUGGCGGCGGUAGAGCUGCGCAACUGGAUCAAGGCAGAGAUGGGGGCGAACGUGAGUACACUGGACAUUGUCAAUGCGGAUAGUUUGGUAAUGCUAGGCGGGAGAGUGGUGUCGAAGUUGCGAGCCGAGCAGGACAAGGAAAGGGGUUAG